AUGGAGUUUGACCUCGCGGGGUUCAUCGACAACCUGGUCCCAGGCCAGGGACUGGCCUGGGCCGAGGACCAGGAGAUGGCCGACGUGCAGGCAAGCAGAAUGGGUCACCUCAACAACGUCACUGUCGGCAACAACGAGGCGCAGGAUGCCUCGGCUGAGGACAUCUUGGCUUUCCUUGACCAGUUCACCGACAACCCUGCCAACACUGCUCCUCCCAACACUGUUGUUGACCACCCUAAUGCCGAGCCUGCAAUGCUCCGGCAGAUGCCUGAGCCCGGUCCUGAUGGGAGAAUUAGCGCGUUUGGCUACCUCGACUCGGUGCUGGCCCCCCAUCCCAUCGGGCCGACUGGCAAUAACAACAUCGACCCUGCUUUGCUCAUGCCCCCUCCGCCUCCUCCAUUCUCUGACCAGUUUGGCAGCCAACCGCAGCUCAACGCCCAGCAGCAGCUCGCCUUCCAGAUGCAGCUCCCCACCCAACUGCACACUACUGCGGACAACUACAUUUACGAUGUGUUCCCUACCUAUGAUCGAUUUGCCAUUGGGGCGCUUAGCACCCCCUCCCCCAAGGCCAAGCGGCCGUUCAGCGCCAACAACGAGCACACCCAACCCAAGUUCUACUGGAAUCAAAGCCCUUCGCCAACCCAGAUGGAAGGGCGCACAUCCUCGCCACCUCCCGAGACUCAGGCUCCCAAGCCCAAGCGCCGCGUCUCGACCCCUCGCGCGUCCAAGUCCAAGACCAAGGCCGCUCCUACCGCGAACAAGAACCCCGCCAAGGCGAGUGGCACAACUGGCGGCCGCCGCGGGCCCAAGCCGAAACCACGCCUUCCAAAGGUCUUCCCUAUCGCCCCUCAGAUCCAGAAACACGAGUAUUUCCCAUACCUGCGGCCCGAGGACCUUACACGCCUUAAGACCCGGAUUGGUGGCAAACAGCUGAAGGAGAUGAACAUCAUCCGCUGCGAGCGUGAGGGUAAGCACUUUACCGUGCCCAAGGGAUACGAGUGCAGUAAGUGUGCGCGCUUCGGAUACCCCUGCCUGCUUGGUAGGAUUGUCGACUAUGGGCACCACGCCGAGGCGACGCUCGGCCACUGUCGGGGUUGCACGGGCAACUCGGACGGAUGUACGUUCCACAAGCGGCCCGAAGCACGCCUCGCUGCAUACAGUGCAUACUACGACGGCCAGACUUUUGCAAUUUACGGCAAGCUAGGCAAGGGAACGCAGGUGUACCCCUACAAGGACAUGAAUGCUUUCACUCGCAAGAAUGCGAUUGUGGACCCCACCGUCCGCCGCCCGGUGGAGGAGUGA